GGGGUCAUAGCGGGGAUGGGGAACGACACCCUCACCCGAGGGCCCACCCCGCGGUGCCGCAGGAGGAGCGCAGGGCUGCUCGGGCCGGGCGGCAGGCAGGAUGCCGGGCAGACGCCGCAGACCCGGCACGCCGCCAGGUACGAGCUGCGCUCCCGACCUGCGGGACAAGAGCGGAACGCGGCGCUCCCGUCCUCCGCCAUCUCCGCAUCCUUCGCUGUCUCCAUGGCGAUGCUGCGUAGCGGAGGUUCCGCGCUGUGCGGGGCUCUGCUGGAUUAUAAGACCGAGAAAUUCGCCCUGACUCGGAACCGACGCGUGGGGCUGUUGCACCGCCUGCUGCAGCUCGCCGUGCUGGGCUACGUGCUGGGGUGGGUGUUUGUUGUGCGGAGGGGUUACCAGGACACCGAUACCGCUCCUCACGUUUCGGUCGUCACUAAACUGAAAGGAGCGUCCGUCAGCAGAGCGGGGGACGCACCGAGGCGGCUCUGGGACGCGGCGGAUUUCUCGAGACCCCCGCAGGGAGAAAACGUGCUUUUUUUGGUUACCAACUUCAUUGUGACGGACAAACAGGUUCAGGGUACAUGCCCCGAGAGCCCCUCUGUGUUGGAUGGGAUCUGCAUGGAAGAUGUAGACUGUCCUAUGGGAAACCCGGUGGUUCAUGGCAAUGGGAUUAAGACUGGGAAAUGCGUGAUGUUCAACAGCAGCCAUUCCACCUGUGAGAUCUUUGGCUGGUGCCCAGUGGAGAAUGACACCCUGCCCAGGAAGCCUCUUCUGGCCGAGGCAGAGAAUUUCACCCUUUUUAUAAAGAAUACUGUCAACUUCACCAAGUUUAACUUUUCCAAGGGCAACACACUGCAGACCAAUGACCCCACCUAUUUCAAGACCUGUGUGUACGAUCCCUUUUUCAAUCCUUCCUGCCCUGUGUUCCGUAUCCGUGACAUAGUGGAAGCAGCUGGGGAGACCUUUGGGGCCCUCGCACUGCUGGGAGGAAGCAUCAGCGUGCGCAUUGAGUGGGACUGUGACCUGGACCAACCUGCUGCCCACUGCCAGCCACGCUACUCCUUCAUCCUGCUGGACAGGAGGUAUAACUUCAGGACAGCCUCCUACUACUGGGACUCGCAGAGGCAGCACUACCGGAGCCUGCUGAAGCUCUAUGGCAUCCGCUUUGACAUCUCUGUGCACGGCCAGGCUGGGAAGUUCGGUGUAAUUCCUGCUGCUGUCAGCUUUGGCACCGGCAUCGCCUUCCUUGGAACCGCCACCAUGGUCUGUGACCUGGUUCUGCUCUACCUGGAUGCAAAGGCCGACCUCUAUUGGAAGGAGAAGUUUGAGGAGGCAAAACCUCCUAAAGGUAAGAAAGAAGCAACAACUGAGGCACAGAAGGCUGGCCAGGACCUGGGGGAUGCUCAGCAAUGCACAGUGGAGUGACUUGGAGGUAGAUGUGAUGGGGCACAGCUUUGGCCCUGCAGGAGGAGGCCCAAUUCUGGAUGAGCUCUGGGGAUGGGUGCUGCACUUCUGAAGGAGUCCUUGGUACAUGGAGAGUAUAUGGAGAGUCCUCCUGACACAACAUGAAGCUCUGGGGCAGUGCUGCAAAGCUGCUGUCAGGGCUGGGGCUCACUGGGAUGGGGUCAGUCCAUGCUCAGCAUAGGACGCUUAAAGCACUUUGCGCUUCUUCCCUUUCCAUUUGGCCCUGUGGAAAGCAGGGAUGCACUGAAAUAAAGCUGUUCAGAAAGUGGGAGGUGGCUCUGGCCCUACUCUUUCCCUUGGAGCCCUGUAUCCUUUGCACGGUCACUAAGGUGCACCUCCAUCCUGCACACCCCAGCUCUGCCCUACCAGGGGUCAGCAUGGACACCUACCCCUUUACUGGGGGCAGAGCUCAGGGAACUCCUGAACUGCAGGGCCUAGGAAAGAGUGCUCAGAAGCACAUUAUGUGGUCCAAGGGCUGUUUAAUGUUGGGCUCAGUGGGGCAGGUCGUGACCCACAGCAUCACUUUGGCUGCCCACCUUGAACUGCCGCAGGUAGAACUGAGCUGCCAGCUGUCUGCUCAUCACCCGCAGUGCCAGGAAGGCAGCCACCACCUCACAGAUGAGGAAGGCCAAGAGAAGGCUGUGCACAGCCAGCUCCAGCGGCAGGCGGAUGGUGAGGUGGUCCGUCAGCAGGAACAGAAGGAGGGGCAGCUGGAUCAGGAUGGAGAGGAGAAGGAACCCAGCAAGCUCAGGCACCUGCGUGGGCAGAGGUUCCCAAUGUAGCCCAAGUAGAGCCGAGCUCCUUCAGCCAGUGUGAGGAUGAGGAAGGCAGAGAGCAGGAGGAGCUGGUAGUAGCGGGGCAGCAGGUUGUACUGUAACAGGGCACAGCCUUGUCCCUGCCUGCCCUAUGCUGGUUCCCAGCCCUGCCCAUUCUGCCCUCCCACUGUAACCUUCCCUGCCUGGAAAGUUAAGGGUACCUUCAGCUGUAGCAUCAUGCCCUCAGCCAGGCACCAGCAGGGGAAGUAGCAGACGUUGAAGUAGAGCAUCACCUGGAGGGGCAGGCUGGACAACACCUCGUGCACUGGGCAGGGCAAAGCAGGGAUGGGCAGGACCCACAGUACCCCCAUCAUCCCUCCCUUGCAUCCCAGCCCAGUGUAACAGCACUGUUAUCUGCCAGCUGCCCACAGCGCAGACACAGCAUUGAACCCCCCCGAGGUACCUGGAUGGUAGAGGUGAGCAGUGCUGCUGUCCCAUGUCUUGUUGGUGGUGAAGAGGGCACUGCUGAAGGCAGUCAGCCCCCGGCGCAGGUUGGGGGGCAGCGGUAUGUGUGCAGCCAUGGCCGGCAGCAAAGCUGGGAUUAACAGGAGGGGAAUUAAGGCAAUGACUGCUCAGGGUAAUGCACGGGACCAGGCAGCCAUUGGCUCUCAUGGUACACAGCUGCUGGGGAAGGGCCUUUAUUGCCAUAGUGAGAGCUCCCAGACACUGAGUCCAAGGGUACAGAGCAUCUCCUGUCACCACCAUGGGGACGUCCCCUCCACGCAGCACUCCACCCCAUUGCACCCCCUCCCUGCUGCAUUGUAUCAGCAUCAUUAUUGCUUAAAAUUCCCUGACAGAUGUGGAUGUGUCCCAUCCCCUGAGACCCUUCCCCUCAUAGAACGGACACCGCAGCAGAAGUGCUCCAUGAUCUCCAUGCUGGCAUCGAGGUGACAUUGCCAGGAAUGAGUCUCAAAGUCUCCAGGCCCAUGGAGCCUUUUACCCUCACUGGAGCAGGUGCUCCCAUCGUGGAGUCCCCAAUGACUCUCCUUGUGAUCUUCAGCCUUCACCCCAUCCCAGAAGGUGCCCAAGUGCCCAAGAAGCUGUUGCCAGUGCCUGAUCUGGCUGCUCCUGCAGCUAUUGAGGCUGUUGCAAAGCAGUCCUUAAGGUCCAGGCCCCAAUAAGAAAAAUGAGAAACCAAAUAAAAAGGACUUUUCUACUUGCUAAAGCCAAAGCAAAGCUGUGGAGCACUGGAUGGGAGCCCUAAAGAGGGCUCUCUUUAGGAAAGGAGCCCUGUCCUAUGUAGAUAUCCCAGGCAAUGUAUCAAGGUAUGGAAUAAACACAGCAUGCUGUG